AUGACAGACUGGCACACUACUGGCAAACACGAAGAUGAGGAGCAGCUCUACGAGCGGGAAUAUGCUGCAGAUCCCCCGCGGAAGCGGAUGCGGCUCCCCAUCCGCUUAGCAACCGGAGAAGUUUUAUAUAGAGCGCCAGACGGCUCCUUUACCUCUAACCCCACAGAGGAACCUGCUGUCGCACCCGCCAGCACUGAAGAGUCUAUUGAACAGCAGCGUGUCAAGCCAAAAGGACACGCUUAUGCGUCUAAGGAGGCGUACUUCAUCUCCGAGGAUGCCGUCCGAUCCCAGAUGGCAUUUCUUUGUACCAAAGUUAUGGCCUCUCCGGAUUCACGGCAGAUUGUUGCCGAGCUUGUCAGCUUCUUGGCGGACUAUGAGGCGUUAUCUAGUAGAUUCAGUGAUCGCUUAACUGAAGAGAUUGAUAUCUCACUAGACAUCCUCCUCAAAGAUGUCGGCGGCCACGGGCCUCUUGCUGGACUGAGUCGUGAACGGCAGCGUAAGCUUCAAGAGCGACAGAGGCAGUUGGUUCGGCUUUGUCUUCAGGGAAACGGCAAUGCAAAGGACAAGGUUCUUUCAGCAAUUGAGUUGGACAAGAUAGGCUACACAGCGAACAACCUUGUUAUCUCUCUUGGGAAGUACUUGGAGAAGGCUAGGUACUCCAUCAAGCACAUGUUUGUUUUUGAUAUAUUUUUAGGCUUGCGGAUAGCAGACGGGGUCUCUGACUUGGAUCCCAGCGCCGGUCGUGGCAUCAAGUUCUUCCUUAAGCGCCUGGACUCGGAGCUCAAGACGGUGAGGUCUAACAAGAAAAUGACGAAGCGACAGAGGUCCUUGGCUAUCGAGCUGAAAGAGUACAAGAAUGAGCUCAAACGAGAGGGAAUUCGGCAGUCGCAGAAUGACAUGGUUGCCGUUCACUCGAGUACACUGACAGAGCUCUUUGCCAUAUUCACUAUAAUAUUGCGUAAGCAAUUUAACCACUGUGUGUACGCCCUAGAGAAGGUGUUUCUUGGCUGCGAGAGGUACCACCGCUUUCUCUCUGUGAUGUAUGUCAAAGACCUCAGUGCCGUCAUUCGCAACAUGCUUCUGUCCUCCAUUUUGUCCAUGCCAGAAGCAAUUCUUGACCAACGCAUACAUGUCUUAGACUCACUAACAACCCAGACGACAAGGACUUUAGCCAGGGGCGUGCUCCGUGAUGCGAGUGUACCAAUUGCUUCUUCGCUUAAGACCCUCCUUAAAGCCAAGGGGUCUCGUGAGUCAGGUAGUGCAGAAGGGACUAAAAGUGUCAAAAGCGCCAAAGACUCCAAGGCUUGUCCCACUAACAUACAGCCCAUGUUCUCGCAGAAGGUUAAGCAGGUCUUUGGGCUUUCCAAAGAGUUCUCCCGAUUAGAGAGCUUAUUCACCCAGAAGCUGCUGGAGAAGGACAUUUAUGCCACGCGAGGCUUUGUCCUGCCUGUCAGGGCUGGUAUAACUGGUUGCUUGGUCGUUGGGAAGAUCCAGUCUGAACUGAAAGGGCUUAACGAUGUGAUAGAGCUGGAUCUGAUCAUACCCCUGUUCUAUCUACUCAUUCACUCUGUGGAUGUAACCACUGCAGAGAUGACCAAGUUGUACGUUCGAGGUCUGUUUUACUGCAUUCAGCCCAGCAUAGGAACCAGGGAGCGGAUAGAGGUAGUGAAGAAGUACCUCCAGCUGAUGAAGCACAUAGCGAUAGAGCGUGAAAGCUGGACGAUCAUUGAAUCAUAUUACCAAAGUCUCGCCAAGAGACAUGGAGACGAUGAGGACAGCGAUGGCUUCUAG